AUGAACCACUAUGUUGGCGGAUCAUUCUAUGCUAUUUUGGAAGUAAGCGCUUUAGCCUUCAAGCAGGAUGAGACCCCCGCAGAAGUUUCGAUCUUCGUCGACAAUGGCAGCAGCCUCAACGGUGUCACGGAAGCGUUAGCCGAGCGACUACAAUUGGAAAUCAUGGAGCAUCCCGACGACAUGAUGACAGUUCGUCUGGGAUACAACCAAACCGUGCAAAGACCAAGACGUACCACUUUUACGGCCAUGCCUGUUCCAGAAGACAAGGACGUGCUCCUCGGAAUGAAGUGGCUUCGGGAGAAUAACCCUGACAUCGACUGGGAACGCUUACUACUGCGUCCACGUAAUAGGACC